AUGUCUCCACCUCAGAUAUCCGUGGAUAUUGCCAUGACCUUAAUUAGGAAUGGCGAUAUUGAUUUUCUCAUCGGCUACAGAAAUUCGAUCCCUGAUCCAAGAUACUUGACAAUAGAGCAAAGAAAGGACGUCACCCCCGCUGUAUUGGGAAAUGCAGAGCCUCAUAAAUUCAUUUACUUUCAUUUCAGAAAGGUCGACGACUCAGUAAGAACCAACCAAAUUAUCAUGCAUAGAUACCCCAAUGCUCGCCACCACGAUUGGGAUAAUCAGGAUGAUAUCGAUAAGCUUAAUGUGUUUAGAUUUGCUGCCAUCACAUUAGCGAUUACUGACACUGAUGUUUCAGUUGGAGAGAAAUGUUGGAGCGAGGUAUCCUUAUCAUUGAAAAGAAUGUGGUUCCCAAAUUUGAUAGAAUUUGUUGAAGAACGCAGAGCUGAAGCUAUCAGACUUUUGACUCAGGGGACCAUCGAUGAUGACGAUGAGGACGAUGAUGAAGAUGAAGAAGAGGAUGAAGAUGAUGGAGAGAAUGGAGAUGAGGGUAUUUUUUCAGGACAUUCCGAAGAAUUUGAGAUCGUAGCUGACAUUCCUGAAGUUCAGAAUCACUCUAAUACUCCAGUUCACAACGCAACUCAAACUGCUCUCGCAUCUUCCUCUAACAUCCCUGUUGGAUCACCAAUUCUGAACCCAGAAUUAAGCUCUGUUUCCACACAUAGCGGUUCGACAAUCCUACACUCCCCAUUCAUUGCCCCCCCAGUGGUUGAUCCUCGAGUAUUGAGUAUACCUGCAGAAGUUGAAUCGUUGAAUCUCAAUGACGACCCUGAUGCAAUGGAGUUUGAGCUCCUUAAUUCUGUCAACAAUGAGGGCCAUGGAGGGUGUUCAUUGAAAUAG